AUGGCCUGCGCCAAAUCAGUCCUACUCUCUCUAAAUAUUUUUGUAAUGGUUAUAGGCGGCGCCAUCUUGGUUCUGGGAAUUCUGGCACUCCACAAACCUGACGUGAUAUUUUCAAUAUUCCAGUACAUGAGUGUUAAAGAGAGCUACAUGGAUCCGGUAGUGCAGGCCAUGAAUCGAGGUGCAUGGGUGCUGGUAAUCCUUGGCUCCUUCAUAUGUGUACUGACAUUUCUCGGCUUUUGUGGUACUUGCAUCAAUAAUCGAAUACCGCUUAUAAUCUACAACGCUGCCCUGACGAUCCUCAUCAUUGCCGAGAUUGCAUUCCUACUUUUUGCAGUUCUUUUCCCGAAAACUGUUAUAAUAGUAAUAGUUAUUGUAGUUGUAUUGUAA